AUGGCAUUCUCUGCCCUAACACCAGUCUUUAUAGCAAUAAUCUGCGUAUUGAUUGGAAUCAUUCUGAAAGGCAGCAGGAAAGGGACCAAGAAACUGGAAAGCAAACCCAGCCAGAAGGCUGAGUCUCGCCCAUGGGUGGAUGAAGACUUAAAGGACAGCACUGACCUUCAAGGAGAAGAAGAAGAUGAUGGUGGUGAAUGGCAAGGCUUGGAUGACAACAUUGCCCACAUCCCUUUCAUGACUGAGCGUUUCUCAGAAGAAGACAUGGUUAAAAGAUCAAAGGAUUUUUAUGCCUUUCUCAAUAGCAGACGGUCUGUCAGGUUUCUAAGCGAUGAGCCAGUUCCAAGGGAGGUUAUUGACAAUGUUAUUAAAGCAGCAGGAACAGCUCCCAGUGGAGCUCACACAGAGCCAUGGACCUUUGUAGUAGUACAAGAUCCAGAAAUAAAACAUAACAUCCGAGAGAUCAUUGAAGAGGAGGAAGAAAUAAACUAUAAGAAAAGAAUGGGAGACAGAUGGGUUAAUGACUUGAAAAGACUGAGGACAAACUGGAUCAAAGAAUACUUGGAUACAGCUCCCUACCUGAUCCUUAUUUUCAAGCAGGUGUAUGGAAUGCUUCCAGAUGGAAAAAAGAAAACCCACUACUACAAUGAGAUCAGUGUUUCUAUUGCCUGUGGCAUUCUCCUCGCUGCACUACAGAAUGUGGGUCUGGUGACAGUGACUUCGACACCACUGAACUGUGGCCCGCGCCUGAGAGUGUUGCUCCAGCGCCCAGUGAAUGAAAAGCUACUUCUGCUGUUGCCUGUUGGGUACCCCAGUAAAGAUGCCACAGUGCCCGACUUGAAACGAAAGCCACUGGAUGACAUUAUGGUGGUUGUAUAAACAUGCCACGGAGCAGUGGGACAUGACCCUUGGAAAUGUAAUUUUUCACUGAAAAUAAUCAGCAGGAUGUUAAUUUUCUUUGGCCAUUUCUGAGCCAAUUCAUACAUGCAGCAGCCUCCUCCUUGCAAACAUCCACAGGUUUAGGCACACCUGCAGUCCCAGGGGGGAUGCUGUCUGUGAAAUGAAAACACUGUAUGUAUCUGAAGAAGUGUGCAUGCACACAA